GCAGCACUGGAAUGCUCUGCUCUCACGGGUGGAGCUGGUGAGUCACUGGGCUGUCUGCGGGUGGGAGCCUGAGCUGACCCUGGACUCUGUUUCUCCCAUCGCUGCUGGGCCUCUGCUGUUAUGCCUAUGUCUGUUUGUCCUGACUCCAGAAUAUCAGAUUCUCCCUGCUUCCCUGUGAGGCCAGCAACGCAGACGUGACCGUGCCUCUUUUAGAUGGGGAUACUGAGAUCUAGAGGGCCGGUGUGCAGCAGAGCCAGAUGAGUUCCUGGAAUUCCUUCAGUUAGUAGGGGCAGACCUGAGUUUGGAUGUUGGCAACCCAGGCAGAAGGAACAGGCAAGGCAAAAGCUUGGAGGUUCCCAUUAAGGCUGCACAGAGGACCCCCUUGACUGCGGCAAUGGAGGGGGGCUCAGCGGUCUGUUGCCAGGACCCUCGGGCUGAGUUGGUGGAGCGAGUGGCAGCCAUCGAUAUGGCCCACCUGGAAAAGGCAGAUGGCAGCCCAGAGCCUGCCAGGAACGGUGUGGACCCUCCACCACGGGCCAGAGCUGCCUCCGUGAUCCCUGGUGGUGCUUCAAGACCCGCCCCAGCCCGGCCCAGCCUCUCAGCUAGGAAGUUCUCCUUGCAGGAACGGCCAGCGGGAAGCCGCCUGGAGGUCCAGGCUGGGCCUUACGCCACUGGGCCUGCCAGCCAUAUCUCCCCACGGGCCUGGCGGAGGCCCACCAUCGAGUCCCACCAUGUGGCCAUCUCGGAUGCAGAGGACUGUGUGCAGCUCAACCAGUACAAGCUGCAGAGUGAGAUCGGCAAGGGUGCCUACGGCGUGGUAAGGCUGGCCUACAAUGAAAGUGAAGACAGGCACUAUGCAAUGAAAGUUCUUUCCAAAAAGAAGUUGCUGAAGCAGUACGGCUUUCCACGUCGCCCUCCCCCAAGAGGGUCCCAGGCUGCCCAGGGAGGACCGGCCAAGCAGCUGCUGCCCCUGGAGCGGGUGUACCAGGAGAUUGCCAUUCUGAAGAAGCUGGACCACAUGAAUGUGGUCAAGCUGAUCGAGGUCCUGGAUGACCCAGCUGAGGACAAUCUCUAUUUGGUGUUUGACCUCCUGAGAAAGGGGCCAGUCAUGGAGGUGCCCUGCGACAAGCCCUUGCCCGAGGAGCAAGCUCGCCUCUACCUGCGGGACAUCAUCCUGGGCCUUGAGUACUUGCACUACCAGAAGAUCAUCCACAGGGACAUCAAGCCGUCCAACCUGCUGCUGGGGGACGAUGGGCACGUGAAGAUUGCUGACUUCGGUGUCAGCAACCAGUUUGAGGGGAACGACGCUCGGCUGUCCAGCACGGCUGGGACCCCAGCGUUCAUGGCCCCCGAGGCCAUUUCUGAUUCCGGCCAGAGCUUCAGUGGCAAGGCCUUGGAUGUGUGGGCCACUGGGGUCACGCUGUACUGCUUUGUCUAUGGGAAGUGCCCGUUCAUCGAUGACUACAUCCUGGCCCUGCACAGGAAGAUCAAGAAUGAGGCCGUGGUGUUUCCCAAGGAGCCAAAGGUCAGUGAGGAGCUCAAGGACCUAAUCCUGAAGAUGCUAGACAAGAAUCCUGAAACGAGAAUUGGGGUGCCAGAUAUCAAGUUGCACCCUUGGGUGACCAAAAAUGGGGAGGAGCCCCUUCCCUCAGAGGAGGAGCACUGCAGCGUGGUGGAGGUGACUGAGGAGGAGGUGAAGAACUCGAUCAAGCUCAUCCCCAGCUGGACCACGGUGAUCCUGGUUAAGUCCAUGCUGAGAAAGCGUUCCUUUGGGAACCCGUUUGAACCCCAAGCACGGAGGGAAGAGCGAUCCAUGUCUGCACCGGGAAGCUUACUAUCGAAAGACGGGUGUGGCGAAGGGGGCAAGAGCCCGGAGCUCCCCGGCGUCCAAGAAGAUGAGGCUGCGUCCUGAGCCCCUGCAUGCGCCCAGGGCCGCCCAGCAGCACGCUCAUCCCGCGCCUCCAAAGGCCUGCUGCCCUCAUGCCAACGGCCGCCCCUGCGGGCAGGGGGCUGGGGACUGUGGCCUCUCUCCUGGCCCCCCUCCCCCUGUCGUGCAGCAUGACCUCUGCGUGCAUGUCCAGGGACAGGAUUGGAACGUGUGUCAUCUGGGGUUUGGAGGCCAGGGCUCCCAAAGGCCUGUCUCUGAGGCCUGGCUCUCCCUGGCGGGACCCAUCCUGUGGCGAAGUUAGGUGCCUGUGGUGCCUUAGAAACCCCACCCGCUGGUUGGCAAGGCCCCGGGGGCAGGAGGCAGGAAACCAAGAUAGCAGGUGGAGGCCUGGCUUCCCACCACUGCAGAGACCUCCCGCUGGGGGCCGGGCGGGCCUGGCUCAGCUGCCAAACGCACAUGGAGGGGUGGACCCUGCCCACCACAGGGGGUGCUGCCAGAGCUCUCAUCUACCGAGAAUGCUGAUAUGGAGGCUCUGAGCCCUUGAUGGGUAUUCCUGGGCCUCGCUGGGACGGGGCCAGUAUUGGAGAAUUCAGAUUCCUUUUUUGUUGUCUUUUACUUUUGUUUUUAACUUGGGGGGGUGGGUGCAAAGCCCUGCUUGGCAACUUCUAACCAGCUCUCCUAACAGCUUUGGGUGGUUCCAGCACACCUCACCAUUAUUUGGAGCCCGGGAGGCCUAGACUGACCUUCCUGGAUUGUGAUUCAUGCUCGGCACUAGCCAGAGAAUGGGCUGAACUGAAGCUCUGAGCAGAGGCCUGAACCGGGAGCACCACACCUCCCUGCCCAUCUCCCUCCCCCCCUUCAUGGCUCUCCACAGCCGUGGCUGCACAGAGACACCAGGGGCUGCCAGUGACCGAGGGCCCGGGCCUCACAGGGCUGUGGUCUUGCAGAUGUUGAAGUGACUGGAAUCCAAUCUCCGAUCCUACGCUGGCCUACC